UAAGAAGGCGAAUCCUGAUUCAGAAGUUGUAAGCUUCAGAGCAAGUAGUGGAGAGGUAAAAGAGACAGAAAAAUGGGAGACCAAACAUCAAGUGCUUCAGCUUUGUCUGAUGUGUUGAACAAAGCGAAGCCAUACUUGGCUAUCAUAUCUCUGCAGUUUGGAUAUGCCGGGAUGUACAUCCUCUCCACCAUUUGCAUGAAGCAUGGCAUGAGUAAUUUCAUCCUCGCUACCUACCGUCAUGUUGUCGCCACCAUUGUCAUUGCACCCUUUGCCUUUGUCCUUGAAAGGAAAAUUAGGCCAAAGAUGACCCUGCCUAUCUUCCUCAGGAUUGUUGUUCUCGGCUUCCUGGAGCCAGUGCUUGACCAAAACUUAUACUAUCUGGGAAUGAAGUUCACAACAGCAACAUAUUCAUCUGCUUUCGUCAACAUGCUUCCUGCUGUUACUUUCAUAAUGGCCAUGAUUUUCAGGUUGGAGAAAAUCAAUUUGAAGCAAAUACACAGUGUUGCAAAGUUGGUUGGAACUGCAAUCACAGUGGGGGGUGCAAUGGUGAUGACCUUGUACAAAGGCCCCAUUAUUGACUUCGUCAAGUCAGGUGGAGCCACACACCAUGGCACUACCACCGAAUCUGCUGGUCAACACUGGGUUUCUGGCACCGUAGCGCUUCUUGGAAGUAUCGUUGGCUGGUCAAGCUUCUUUAUUUUGCAAUCCUUCACAUUGAAGAAGUACCCAGCAGAGCUGUCUCUUACAGCUUGGAUAUGUUUCAUGGGAACGGUGCAAGAUGCAGGGCUGUCGUUUAUCAUGGUUCGUGAUCUAAGCGCCUGGAAAAUUGGGUUCGACUCCAGGCUUCUUGCUGCAGCUUACUCUGGAAUAGUGUGCUCCGGGAUAGCCUAUUACGUGCAAGGCAUCGUGAGCCGGGCACGAGGGCCGGUCUUUGUAACAGCUUUUAGCCCUCUAUGCAUGAUCAUCACUGCUGCGCUAGGGGCCUUUGUGUUAAAUGAAAAAGUCCACCUUGGAAGCAUACUGGGAGCCAUUAUCAUAGUCUCAGGCCUUUACACUGUGGUUUGGGGCAAAAGCAAAGAUGUGAAAACCCCAGAACUUGAAGAGAAAAGCAACGGCCUGCAGGAGCUGCCAAUCACAGACAAUGGUAGAUCAAUGAAUGAUAUUGAUGGAGCUGCCAAUGCUGUUAACAUUCCAGAUUUAAAGAACACCUUCAGCACUCGAGGAACAUAAAACAAUAUCCAAUAUUUCCCUUAAAAUUGAUAUGUUUCGAGCAGAGUAGUUCUUCCCAAGGCGGUAAAAACUACUAUAUAUGUAAUCCACCCCCUCCCUUUAAGUACUUUUGUAACUUAAUAAUCAUCUUUUGAUUGUACUCUCUUUUUUUUUUCUUUAAUAAUCCAGUUUACUCUUGAGGCUUUAA